AGUAGAAAUUAGGCUACUACCUGACAUGCUCCAUGUCUGACCCACCUUUGUAACAAUGUUUGUUUUCCCUGGCGGUUUUCUGAGCACUUCCUAUUUCCAACUGAGUUAACUAUUUCCCCGAGUGCCUGUCUGUCUCCUCACCCCUCUGGGCUUUCAGAUAUGGAUGGGGCACAGGAAAAAAAAAAGACUCUUUCAAGCAUUAACUUAUGCGUUACAAAGUAACCUGUAGGGAGAGUUUCCAUAGAAACCUAGCUCAUUAUAAUGAGACAAGUAUGAAGGCAGGAAUGGAGUACACACCUACUGUUUAAACUGCCUACAAAAGUGUUUGUUCCAUUCACGCUUAAACACCUGGAAGAGAUGCUUCAGGACAAACAUUAAGUUUAUCAGCAGGGAAGAUUUAAAGAGCCGGAUUUGUUUAGGAGCAGCUACUACAAAUGGAACCAGUGGAGUCGAUAUAAAAGGUGAUGUUAUCCUGUAACUAACCACGGUUUUUUUAUGGGAGAAGUCAAAGGAAUCCACACAUGAAGGGAUAGAGUAAAACUAGUGGACCUACAACAGAGAAAACAUUUAAAAGGUCAGAUUAGUAUAUUCAAUCAAUAGUAAAUUUGAAGAAAGAAAACUUGCUUGAAAAUGUUCACAUCUUUAAGUAUUUCAACAAAUCAGCAUAAGGACAGGGAUCGGGACAAUGGGCUCCACAAGCUCCCGACCCAGGCUGCAUAAAGUAGCUCCAUGUAACAGCCAGCAAGAAGAAGGGGACCAGCUGAGACCCCAAUGGACCCUCCCUGCCCUGCCAGUCAGUGCUGAGCAGUCGUCUGGAUCUCUGGGACAGAAGAAGACAACCUUACCUCCACUUAAACAAGAAAUAACUCUUUCCACACUCUCAGAACCAUGCUUUACAGGAAACAUCCCUCCAAAGCAAAGCAACCAUUCAAGCAUCAUUCACUCCCAUCCACCCAGAAGACCCCAGGCACUGCAACCGCUGGCUGUUCAAAUUGGCACACCAAGCACUGCCAAUCAAUUUUCAAUGGGGAGGGGCUGCAGAGAUGGGGGUGUCCAGCAGUUUUCUACAACCGGCCCGGCAGGAAUCAGCGGCACCAGCCGAAUGACUCAGGCUGGGUUUCUGGAGGCCCAGAUGGCGCUCACUCAACAGGAUCACCGACUUCGACGAGGUCACCUCCGACAAGCCAGAGAGCUGAGAAGACAUAAGGUUGUCUACACAGCUAAUGUUGGAAAUCCAGAUGAGAUCCAGAGGCUAAAACUUGUAAGAAGAACCACAGAGAGGGACAUCUUCUAUGAUGAGGCCACAGGAGAACGUUUAGACCCCAGUUGCCUUCUGGACCCAGAAUAUCUGCCACAACUCAGAGAAGAACAGCAAAGCCAGACAAACAAACAACUCCUGUGCAGAGGAGACAGGAUCCACAAGAAUCAAGCUAAGGGUCCAAGAAACAGAGAGGAAGGAACUCUACAGACUGAAUUCACGGGGCUGUCUUUGGACAAAAACCUUUCAUGGACAUCUGAAAAGGAAAGAAAAGGAGUAGAUGAGAGCGAGGAAAGACAGAGUGCAAGCUGGAUGCAGCCUGAGUUUAUGAGUAACUGUGAUGCCAGGAAAAGGUGGUUCUUCUAACUGGACUAAAAACACAUUUGUUUGGAUGUAUCAAACAACAGAGAACAGAGAGGAAAUUAAAAACAUACAGUCUGGUUACACAAAUGUAUCACAUAAAUACACAAUGCAGCAUCUCAGUCAGAGACACUUUCCGAAAAAAAAGAUGUUCAUAUCGAAUAUAAUGUAGUUAUGGUCUUUGCAGUAGGAUCAGAUACACGUGCAAUAUGAACAAACUCUCUAGGUUUGGGACAGUUCUUAGGUGAAGUUGUGGUGCCCUCUAGGGGUGAAAGUAAUGCACUAAAGUGUCAAAAACUACUGUUGAGAACGUGAGUCUGAAGCUCUUUUUGCCAUCUCAUCAUAAUAAUAGUAAACAAGCAAAACACGUGUUAUAUUGAUUUAAAAUAAUUGGGAUUCAAAUCAUCCGUCCUCAAAGCUCCUGAUCUGUCACCGGGUAAUUGUUGUAGAAAUUAGUUGAAGAGAAUCCUUCAGUAUCCAAAGAUAUCCUCUUGUUAGAGAAGAUGUGCAGCUCUUGAGGAAUAAUUAGAUUGAAAACAGGAUGCUGCUAAUUGCACUGUCACUAUUCAAGUGGUCUCCCUUAGGCCGGCUCUUAGCGGGUAUAGAGAGUCUGAGAGAGGAACUGGAAUCAAACCAAACACCUGAGGCCACAGUGGCCGACUAAAGCCUGAUCUUCAGGCAUGGUGCAUUAGAAGAACAUUGCUGGGAUCACAUCGCGCAGCAGGGGCCCAGACAGGAAUUCAAUGACAAAAGAUUAUCCAGCAGUGGUUAAGUAGAGGUAUUUCAAUAGAAGAAAUAAGCAUUAAACUGCAUUAAAGAAAUCAAAGCAGUCCAACAUUGACUUUGUUGUGCUCUACCACUGGGUGUCAUUAUUGGGCUGAGGGACACAGUGAAGUUACAAUCUUGCAGUAAUGUAGAGAACAGCUGUAGUAAUAUAGUAGUGCAGUAAAUGUGCAUUUGGAGCUUGUUUUGAAUAUUUAAAGAUACACUACAUCACAGUUUGGCCACAUGAUUUAACACAAUCAACACAGAUGAUCACUUUCACAAUUUAUUUUUGCCCAUGUGAGUCAUAUUUUUUCAUGAUUGUACAAAAAUGUCCGUUCAUUUC